AUGGCGCUCAGCCGUUAUGUGGUCGUCGCAGCAGCUUCUGCAGGAGCUGGUGCCUACCUUGGGACAGAGAAGGACACGAUGGUGGCUGCUUAUGCGAAGGUCAAAAGCAUGCUAGGAUUUCGGCCUCAGCACGUGGACCUUUCAUCUUCCUCGGCCGUUCUGGAGGAAGCUCUCAGACUGGCCAAAGCGACUCCGCAGCAAUGCGGCGUGCUCUCAACGAUUCAGUCAGGCGGCGUCGCCUCUCGAAUGAUCCAAGUCCGCGAGCCCUUCGGUGUGCACCGAGAGGGCGAUAAUUUGUCGAUCCACUUCUUUACAUCUGCAACAAGCCGCAAGUUCGGAGAGCUGUCUCAAAAUCCCGGUGCUGCAAUUCUCUACUGGGACCCACAAACUUUGACGUACGUUGCAUUUCAAGGCCGUGCGCAUGAGCUGACGGCUGCUGAAGGGAAAGGAUUCUGGAGAGAAUGGAUGCGCAUGUUCUACAAGGACAGCAAACUCUUCUCCGCUUGGAGACUGGAUGCCUUCAGGCUGCCAGCAGGUUCAACGCCUGCAGGUGGUGAGCAUUGGGCGCAUCGAGAGUUUCAGGGAGGAUUGGCAUCCUGUGGAGCUCGAGCGCACGAAGUCGGGCUGGAAGGUCGUCUGUGA